UGUGUCGCGCAAUACUGACACCACGAGAAAAAACAUGGAUGCUGAAUGCCAUGGUGAAACUAUGAGAAUUCAGUGACAGCAGGGUUGUGUCAAGGUCUGGGUUGUGUCUUUGUGGAGUAAGGUAGCGGUCGAUUUACAUCAUGUCCCGGCUAACGAAGACAACGCUCCAGAAACUUCGAUAUCUGAGUGUUAAUGGACAUCGUCACAUCUGGAGGCAGAAGAGCACGUCAUCAGAAAGGGCGUUGAACUACCAACCAGGCCAGAAAAUCUAUGGCUUCACAGUUGAAGAGGUUGUAUCCGUGCCAGACCUUUUUCUCACUGCGGUGAAGCUGACACACAACAAAACCGGAGCUAAGUAUCUGCACGCAGCCAGAGAUGACUCCAACAACCUCUUUAGUGUCCAGUUCAGGACCACUCCCAUGGACAGCACAGGUGUUCCUCAUAUCUUGGAGCACACAGUGCUUUGUGGAUCUGAGAAGUAUCCCUGCAGAGACCCUUUCUUUAAAAUGCUAAACAGGUCUCUGUCCACGUUCAUGAACGCCUUCACAGCGAGCGACUACACCAUGUAUCCGUUCUCAACGCAAAAUCGUAAAGACUUCCAGAAUCUUCUCUCCGUCUAUUUGAACGCCGUCUUUUUUCCAUGUUUACGAGAACAAGACUUCAGGCAGGAGGGCUGGAGGCUGGAGAACACAGAUGCCACAGAUCCUGACUCCCCUCUUGUGUUCAAAGGAGUUGUGUUUAAUGAAAUGAAGGGAGUUUUUUCAGAUAAUGAGCGCCUGUAUGCACAGCACCUUCAGAACAAACUGUAUCCAGACCACACCUACUCAGUGGUGUCAGGAGGAGAACCUCUGGUCAUCCCUGACCUCACCUGGAAACAACUCAGGCAGUUCCAUGCCAAACACUACCACCCCAGCAACGCAAGGUUCUUCACUUAUGGAGAUUUGCCUCUGGAGCAGCAUCUAGAGCAGAUUGAAGACGAAGCUCUGAGCAAGUUUGAACGCAUCGACCCAAACACAGCUGUCCCGUGUCAGCCUCUCUGGAGUAGCCCUAGAGAGGACCAUGUGACCUGCAGCCCUGACACUCUGGCACCAUUUCCUGCCAAACAGAACACACUGUGUGUGAGCUACUUGCUGGGAGACAUCACUGACACAUUUGAGGCCUUUACUCUCAAUCUGCUGUCUUCUCUGAUGAUCACUGGUCCAAACUCACCCUUCUACAAGGCUCUUAUUGAACCCAAGAUUGGAACAGACUUCUCCCCCGUUGUUGGAUAUGAUGGCAGCACCAAAGAAGCUUCGUUCAGUGUCGGCCUCCAGGGGAUGUCCAAGGAGGACAUGGAGACAGUGAAAGACAUUAUCAACCGAACCAUAGAUGAUAUCAUCAAGAAUGGCUUUGAAGAGGAAAGAAUCGAGGCUCUGCUUCAUAAGAUUGAGAUUCAGAUAAAACACCAGUCGACAAACUUUGGCCUUUCGUUGGCCGUGUACAUAGCAUCACCGUGGAACCAUGAAGGUGACCCUGUCCAACUGCUUCAGAUCAGUGAGUAUACUGCCAGGUUCAGGAAGGCCCUGGACGAAAACCCACGCUUUCUCCAGGAAAAAGUCAAACAGUAUUUUAAGGACAACACACACAGACUGACUCUGUCAAUGAGUCCAGAUGACGACCACCUGGAGAAGCAGGCGGCUGCUGAGCAGAUGAAGCUGGAGAAGAUGGUCCAGGCUUUGACUGACGAGGACAAAAAGGACAUCUAUGAGAAAGGUCUAGAUCUGCUGGAGGCUCAGAGUCAAACCCAGGACAUCUCCUGUCUGCCUGCCCUCAAAGUGAGUGACAUUGAGCCAAGGACGUCCGUCACCGCUGUUCAACUCACCUCUGCUGGAGGCGUUCCAGUGCAGUACUGUGAGCAGCCCACCAACGGCCUGGUUUACUUCAGGGCCAUGUGUAACCUCAACACAUUACCAGAGGAUCUCAGGCUCUAUGUCCCGCUCUUCUGCAGUGUGAUCACCAGAAUGGGAUGUGGGGAUCUGGAUUACAAAGGACAAGCCCAGCAGAUGGAGCUGAGGACAGGAGGCAUGUCUGCAUCCACCCAGGUCAUCCCUGACUCUGCAGAGCUGGACAUGUUUGAACAGGGUGUCCUCCUGUCCUCCUCCUGCCUGGACAGGAACCUUCCCCACAUGUUUCAGCUGUGGAGUGACAUUUUCAACAGCCCCCACUUUGAUGACGAAGAGCGUUUAAAAGUGCUGGUGAUGAGAUCAGCGCAGGAUCUGGCCAAUGGCAUCUCGUAUUCUGGUCACAUGUAUGCGAUGACGCGAGCAGGCCGUCACCUGACCCCAGCCGGAGACCUCCAGGAGACGUUUGGUGGAAUGGAACAGGUGAAGUUUAUGAAGAGAAUGGCUGAGACGCCAGACCUCAACCUUGUUCUCAGGACAUUACCCAGGAUAAAGAAACACAUUCUAAACCCAGAUAACAUGAGAUGUGCAGUGAACACAACUCCACAGAUGCUGACGGAUGCAGCCUCACAACUGGAGGGGUUCGUCCAGAGGAUUAACGUAAACAAACGAGAGCGCAAAUCUGUGAGACCAAACAUCGUUGAGAAACCUCUGGUUCCUGGUUCUGCCUCUGGACCAAACAGGAAACUAAUCUCUGAGCUGAACUUCCAUCCGUGUCAGAUGAAAACCUUCUUCUCGAUGCCUUUUUCUGUCAAUUUUAUCAGUGAGAUCAUACGGACCGUGCCUUUCUGCCACGAGGACUAUGCCAGUUUGUGCAUUUUAGCGAAGAUGAUGACGUUCAAAUUUCUCCAUGGAGAGAUCAGAGAAAAAGGCGGAGCCUAUGGAGGCGGUGCUAAGAUGGGAGGAGGCGGUUUGUUUUCCUUUUACUCCUACAGAGACCCACACUCAGUGCAGACGUUGGCUGCCUUUCGGAGAAGUGUGGACUGGGCCAAGUCGGGACAUUUCAGUCAACAGGACAUAGAUGAAGCCAAACUCUCAGUUUUCUCUGCUGUGGACUCACCUGUGGCUCCUGCGGACAAAGGGAUGGGUCAGUUCCUCAGUGGGAUCACAGAUGAGAUGAAACAGAGUCACAGAGAGAGACUUUUUGCUGUUGCUCAUAAAAACUUAACCCAUGUAGCAGAAAGAUACUUGAGUUUGGGUCAGGGGACGUGUGGCGCUGCCAUUCUUGGCCCGGAGAACGAAAUGUUAAAGAAAGAUCCCACAUGGAUCGUAAAAUAAUCUUAUUGUCAUGCAUUUUUACAACUUUAAAUCCUCAUUGUAAAACAUGUGAUUUAAUCAAACUUGAAUGAAGAUCUGUUAAAAUUA